AGUUCACUCAUGAGGUGAUUUCUAAAAUUGUUGUUUUCCGACCACCGUGGACUGCCUAUGGAGAAAUUAAACAGAAUAUCACCUUCACCAUGAAUGCUACAGUAAAACGCACAAUAAUUUAUCUUCAUCGGAGAAACUUCACCGGUGACCAUAGCAUCGGAAUUCGCUUCCGCCGCGCCGGAGUUACAAUCAGAAGCUUCUUUUAUUUUCAUUCAGAUCUCUUCAAAGCAAUAGGUGGAGAAAAAAUAGAGGAAUUGGAACAACUGCAACAUGCUGUGAUCCAUAUCUUUGUUUUCCUUGGCUUACCUCUUCUUAAUGUUAGUGUGGAAGAUAUCACAACCAAUUACACGUUUGAGUUUCUCCUUCAAGGCAAUAUUGGAGCAAUGGGGGACUAGCAUGUGACUAAUUUUACAUGGAUAGGAAGGUGUUGCUAUAAGCUUCUGCAACAAGUAUAAGAGUGAAUACAAUUGUCUAUCAUGUUCUUCAAUAGUGUGUUAUAUACAAAAACAAUAGACAAUUUUUUAAAAAAAGUAUAUAGAUUGAUUGAAAGGCAAAAAAUAUUAGACAAUUGUGUAUUAAGUUCUUUAUCAAAUUUGUAACUCAAACUGAUUAAAUUGAUAUAAAUGAUGUAUGAUUUACGGGAAGCAUAACAGAUGCUUACUUAUUUGUGAAGUAGAUGUUUAAGCUAUUAUUGACAAUGACUUUUUACUAAGUUUCCUUUUGAA